UUUGUAAUUUUGUGACGCUUCUUGAUUCAUUUCCUCUUUACUAAACCAUUUCCUUAUGACUAAACCCGUGCGUCCAGAUGGAUGAGAUUAAUGUCUUUUUAUAGCAUCACCACAACUGGGAGUUCAUAACGGACAAUGAUUCGGCAUUUUUUAGGUACAAGGAUUAACUAUUGACACUGAUUUUGGUAACUCGAUGCUUGUGACGUCAGCGUCUUGAGCAGCGUGUUGGUUGGACGGAAAAACCCAGCGAGCAGGAGGGGAUUAUAAAGCCGCUCUGCUCGGAGCUCAGCCUUCAAACCAACCCUGAGGAGCUCCGCUGCACACCGUGUUCAACAGGAGAAAUACGACAAAAGCUGAAUAAGCAAUCAUGGUGAAGCGUGUUGCAGUUAUUCUGUCCGGCUGUGGCGUCUAUGACGGCACAGAGAUCCACGAGGCCUCAGCCGUCCUGGUCCAUCUGAGUCGCGCUGGAGCAAAAGUGCAGAUGUUUGCCCCAGACGGAGAUCAGAUGCACGUUGUAAAUCACUGCGUGGGGAAACCUACUGAGGAGAAGAGGAACAUCCUGCAGGAAAGCGCUCGUAUCGCUAGGGGCGACGUGACAGACCUGGCCAAGCUGGACGUCUCAGCGUUUGAUGCUGCCAUCAUUCCAGGAGGGUUUGGUGUGGCUAAGAACCUGAGUGACUGGGCUGUAAAGAACAAGAGCUGCACCGUCCAGCCACAUCUGGAGAAGAUCAUCAAGGAUUUCCACAAAGCAGGAAAGCCUCUGGGCAUGUGCUGCAUUUCGCCUGUCCUGGCUGCAAAGCUGCUGCCUGGCUGUGAGCUCACCGUGGGGCAGGACAAAGAGUGUGAAAAGUGGCCGUUUGCUGGGACAGCUGGAGCUUUGAAGGACAUGGGCUGCAAACACGUGAACAAAGACGUGGAUGAAGCUCACGUUGAUGUCAAGAACAAGCUGGUCACCACCUCUGCCUUCAUGUGCAACGCUCCCUUUCACCAAGUGUUUGAUGGAAUCGGCGUCAUGGUUCAAGAAACACUGAAACUUGCCUAAGAAGAUUGUUACAUGUAAUCAGUUCUAUUUAUUUUCACCAGGAAAUCAUGAGAGAUGCUGCAAUAUUUAAUCAGAAACUCUAAUUAAACAAAUAUCAGGGUGAAAUUUUAAAUAAAGCAUUUUGUGGAACUUACA